AUGCUAAAGCCUACGAGACCUUUCAUCAAGGCAACCUGUGCCCAGCUCUCCGUUAUCCCUAGUGUCGAAUUCAUCCCGAUAGGCGAUGGGACUUUGGAUGUGUCGAGCUUCUCCACUAUCAUUGUUGAUCACAAGUUCGCAAAUUCCCGCGAUGAGGAUGGCGUAACACUUAUCCCUCCAACCCUCACGGAGUUCGCCAAGACAUUCUCGCAGGAUUUAGCUUCGGUUCUCGAUUGGAGACUGUCAGUCGAAACCGCUGGUUCAACCAACUCAUCAGCUAUUUUCUCAACGCUUGGAGACCCAGGCGACUUUCUCGACGCCGCUGGACGACCUACAUCAGAGGGCUAUUCCCUGGACUUCUUUCCUACUGGCAUUACCAUAACCGGUGUAAGCCCACUCGGUGUUUGGUGGGGCAUGCGUACGCUCCUUCAACAUCUUGCGGCAAAUGGCACUGGGACGGCUCCCCUUGGGCGGGUUGUAGAUAACCCUGGCUGGGCCACGCGGGGAAUGAUGCUUGACGUAGCCCGACACUAUUACCCGAUUGAGUUUUUGGAAGAAAUGUGCGCGUACAUGUCCUUUUAUAAGCAAAAUACCUGGCAUAUUCACCUCAGCGACAACCUCUGGAACAAUGUCCGAUUAUAUAGCUACGAACACCAGCAGGGGCUCUAUGCUGCCUUCCGACUUUGGUCGGAUGAUCCAACGGUAGAAGGCCUCAACACCCGUCGAAAAGAAUCUUACACUCGGGAAGAGUUUGAUCGCCUGCAGUACACCUGCUCUUCGCGUGGAGUGACGAUUCUUCCGGAAAUUGAAGCGCCAGGACAUGCUUUGGUCAUCUCCCAAUGGAAGCCUGAAAUUGCUCUUCCUACUGACAUGAGUCUGCUCAACAUAUCACAUCCGGAUACAAUACCGACGGUCAAGACGAUCUGGGGGGUCUUUUUGCCGUGGUUUCACACAAAGGUUGUCCAUAUGGGGGCUGAUGAGUAUCGCCACCCAACGCUCUCCGACGAUUUUCUGGCCUCCGAAUACACCCGCUUCGUCCAGGGGAUCAACGACUUCAUCGUUGCGAAGUCUGGCAAGCAAACCAGGAUUUGGGGAUCUUUCCCUCCCCGCCAGGGCGGCAACACGGACAAGGGGGUCUCGAUCCAGCACUGGGCACCCUGGGAAGCCAACCCACAGUGGGAUUUCCCCCAGAAUGGCUACAAGGUUCUUAACUCCGGCGACCGAGCCUACACAGUGGGCAAGUGGUCGGAGCCGUACCCUCAAGAGCUCGACCUCGAUUUCAUCUUCAGCGGGAAUCCCGAGGGCGGCCCGUUCUAUCCGAACAUCUUCGAUAACAACAACGCGACAAACAAUGCUCCUCUUGACGAUCCGAAUAUUCUCGGCCACAUUGCUGCUCAAUGGAACGACUUCUGGCCAAACGCGACAACGGUCCUCGAGGCCUACUACCAAUGGAAAGACGGCAUUGCAGCAGUAGCAAAUCAGCAGUGGGGCAGCAAGCUCUUUCGCGAAGACUAUGCCGACUUGUAUGCUGUCCUCCAGCCCCACGCCCCCGGACAGAACCUUGAUCGUCGUAUUCCCUCAGUCAGUCCUACUAUUGUGGAUUACGACUUUGUCAAAGGUCGCCGUUGCAACGGCAAGUACAAAGAUGAGUCUGGAAACAACUACCAUGCGGUCUCGACAUGCUCCAAUUCAGACGAAGGAAUCAUUCUUCAGCCUGGAGAUAGCGAACUAUGGUUCGGGAAUGGUACCUCGAACGCUGUGAUGCUUUUCUCGGGAAAGAGUGCGUAUGCCUUGAAUUAUACGUUCCCAAUCGGCGAGUGGACAGAGGCAAGUCUCGCAGGGCAAGGCAGAAGUGGAAGUUUUGAGGGUGCCAUCGGGAAGAUGAUACUUGUCGAUGAUGCCUGA